AUGGCAACAUUGGCAUCCUUUUUUGGAUGGCGAAAACCAUCAAAGAAGGAGCUCCAGAACACCAUUACGCUUUCUUGGGGAAAACAACACUACGAUGUCUCCUUCAAACGUCAAAAUCUCGAUCAUGUCACUUUGAAAGAUCUCAAGCUUCAGUGCAAACAACUCACGGGCGUCCCUGUUGCCAGUAUGAAACUCACAGUCUCUGGAGCUAAUCUCAAGGAUGAUACUGCCUCGCUGGCUAGUUGCGGUAUUCAAGGUGGAUCCACCGUUAUUCUCACGGGUGAGAAAGUCAAUAAACAAGCAGCAGCACAAGAAACAGCAUCUGGUAAUCCAGAGGAGUAUGCCUUAAUACAGCGCAUUGUCAAGUUACUGGAUCCUAUCAAGGCAAACAUGGACGCUGACAUCAAAGCAUUCAAUACAUUGGUUCAAGAAAAAAAGAAUCAGGAGGAACCAUUGUCCGCUGCCGAUAAAAAGAUCUUGUAUGAAAAGGCUGUCUUCCUUUCUGAAAAGUUGAUGCAAGCACUUAUUACUCUGGAUGGUGUGGAAUGCUCCCCUGAAUUUCAAACUGCAAGGCAACGUCGACGCGAAGGUGUUCGUUUGUUACAAGCUUUUCUAGAACGGGUCGAUGCGGCAAGAGCUGAAGCAAAACCUCUCCUUCACGCAUAG